AUGUCCCCACCUUCCCUGAAGCGGAUCAAGCGCUCAGACCGCCGCGGGGCUGAGUCGGUGACAGAGGAGAAGUUCACCAUCCUCUUUGAGUCACAGUUCAGUGUUGGUGGCAACGAGCUGGUCUUCCAGGUGAAGACGCUGUCCCUGCCUGUGGUGGUGAUUGUACAAGGGAGCCAGGACAACAACGCCACGGCCACCGUGCUCUGGGACAACGCCUUUGCCGAGCCUGGCCGCGUGCCCUUCGCCGUGCCCGACAAGGUGCAGUGGCCGCAGCUCUGUGAGGCGCUCAACAUGAUUUUCAAGGCAGAGGUGCAGAGCAGCCGUGGGCUGACCAAGGAGAACUUGGUGUUCCUGGCGCAGAAGCUCUUCAACAGCACCAGCUCCCACCUGGAGGACUACAGCAGCACCACGGUGUCCUGGUCCCAGUUCAAUCGGGAAAACCUGCCCGGGAGGAAUUACACCUUCUGGCAGUGGUUUGACGGGGUCAUGGAGGUGCUGAAGAAGCAUCUGAAGCCGCACUGGAACGACGGGGCCAUCCUGGGCUUCGUCAACAAGCAGCAGGCACACGACCUGCUCAUCAACAAGCCUGCCGAGAGGAUGUUCUGGAACCUGAUGCCUUUCACCACCAGGGACUUCUCCAUCCGCUCCCUGGCUGACCGCCUCGGGGACCUCAGUUACCUCAUCUACGUGUUCCCCGACCGGCCCAAGGAUGAGGUUUUCUCCAAGUACUACACGCCGGUUCUCUCUAAAGCUGUGGAUGGAUACGUGAAGCCACAGAUCAAGCAAGUGGUGCCAGAGUAAGUCUGACCCU